GCUUGUCCCUUCUUAUAAUUACAUGCCAAAGACACUUCACAGAGAAGCACAAUUAUGUGUGUGUGUGCUCCUGGUAUUUAUAGAACUACUUCUCUUACCUCAUUAACCCAAAUUAAUAGAGGGCGGCUUGUUUUCAAACUGCUCCAGGUUGUAUUGAUUUUUGGUAACGAUCGUUCAUACAGGAGCCCAUUAUGGCAUACGCCGCCUUACCCACGUGGCUCUUCUCUGGCGAGAUAAAAUUUCAAGAUGGAUGGAAAUCAGCUGUGUGAAGUUUGUCAUCAACAAAGUCACAAGUAUAAAUGCCCUGGAUGUGCCAAAAAGUCCUGUAGUGUGGAGUGUGUCAAAAGGCACAAGGUAGAGUUUGUGUGUUCUGGAAGGAGGUGCAAGUCCAGCUUUGUUAAGCUGUCAAAUUUCAAUGACAAUCAGCUACAUUCAGACUAUUACUUCUUGGAGGAUGUGUCGCGAUAUGUUGACUCUACACUUCGAGAGCGUAUCCAAAGCAACAAACACCACAAGGAUUCUAAUCAGAUAUCUCAACAGAUGCACUGGUUGAGGGUACAUGCUGGUAGACGUUCAAUCCACUUUCUUUCUCAACCUCCUGGAAUGGCUAAGCACAAAAUCAACCGCUCAAAAACAAUUCGAACUAAAGAUGGUAAAUGGUCAAUUUGUUGGACAGUACGACUCAUCUUUAGAGACACAGACGUUGACUGUAUUGAGCACAAUGUACCUGAGGGCGUAGUACUAGUAGAUCUGCUGAACAGGUUUGUACAUCCGACAAAAAGCGAUCCUAUCCUCAGACACAGGUUGCGGCUGUAUUCACAAGAAGAUGGCAUGCACCAACUGCAAGUCUUACUUAAAAAUGAAACUUCUCCUAUAAAUUCAAGCAAUGAAGUAUUGGAUAUUCAGAAGACACUUUGUGACAAUUUUCAAGACAAAACUAUUGUGGAAUUUCCUGUCAUGAUCAUCGGGAACAAAGAUACGCACACUUCACCUGUAGAAAAUAGCCCUGUCAAUAACAGUAAAAGUCCUCUUUCUGAGGCUAGCCCAGUGAUCAUGGAUAUAAGUGAAAGUCCAGUUGAAGUGCACAGUGAUUGGUCAGACUAUGAGGAAGGGGAAGUGCGAGAAGCUGUGUCCUCUCUCCAGCUUAUUGCUCAAGAAUAUGGCGAUGACUAGUGUAAAACAAUGUAGGCUUUUUAUAAGAUUUGUUUUUUGGUUGAAUGAUCAAUUUCUAAGUUGUAGCAACUUUUGUUGCUUAGUGUAAGUGAAGUGUGUGUCAUUCUCUGUCUCCACACAAUGUCAUGUACAUGUACAUUAUAGUUACGGCAUUCACUGAACCUUGUAGAUUAUGUUUGAUGAAUCAGGCAAUUUAUUUCAUAA